AUGACCAAGAGGGUGCUUGAAAAUGGUGGGGACGAAGCUUUGCUCAAGGUGAAGGUCAAGGAGCCUGGCGAGAGGAAGGCAGAGGCCAAGGAAGAGGCCAAAGAAGCCAAGAAGGAGGUAAAGGAGGAAGUCAAGGAGGAAGACGAGGAUGAGAUCGCGGACUUGCUCAGCCAGGCCCCGCUCGAGCAGCUGAAAGGCCAAAAGAGAAAGCGGAAAGCAGCUGCUUUGGAGGAGGACUCGCUCCUUCCAGUGCCGGAGGUGCCCGAUGUGGAGACGGACUCGGAGUACCAGGAGCUCGAGCUGUCCACGUACCCCAAGAAGCUGUACAUCGAGGCCUGCUCCUAUGAGAAGGUGAAUGGCCUGUACAGGAUCAUGACCCAGAGCAGUCGCGGAAGGCCGUGUUACUGCAAGACGACCACUGCGAAGAACCUGUACCUCUACUGGUACAGCGCAAGGCGCUGGCACAUAGGACUUGACUUCGGGUCAAAGAAGUGUAUAGCGAGUGUGCAAGACAUGGGGGAUCUUGCGCCGCCAUUUGAGCCCUACCCGAAUGGGUGGAAGGUUAUGGAAAAGCACCACAAGGAUGGGGGCAAGGAGAAGUUGGACAAGAUCAAGUGUCCUCAGAUGAGGGUCAUUGAUGGGGAGGUCUACGCCGAUGCCCACGUUCUUACGGACAUCGACCAACCCCUGGAAAUCUCGCUGGCGAAGAGGAAAGAGAAAAAGAGCCCAGAGAAAGAUAAGGCCGAGUCGCCCGAGAGGAAGGCUUCAGCGAAGGCAAAGUCAAGCCCGCCCAGGGCAUCCCCGAAGAAGGGCCCUGAGCUGGAUGACGAGGCAGCGAUGGUGGAGGCCGCGCAGCAGAGCGACAGUGAUGACGAGUCCAAGGUGAAGGAUUCCCAGAGAUCGGGCAGCAACGCCUCUGAAAGCGAGAGUGAAGAGUCCUCGUCCUCCGAGUCAGCCUCAGAGGCUGAGGCGCCCGACGAAGACUACGAGGCGAUGAGCCCUGCGACCAAACACAUCGUGCAGAAGCUUAAGACCAUGGUCCCAAAGGAGGCUGCGACGAAAGCCGAGAAGCUCUUCGGGUCAAUUAGGCAAAAAAUGAGGAAGGGUGGAAGCGCUCCUGGCGGGAUGUCGCACACCGACGUGAAGCAUCUUGCGGCUUGGUGCCACAGGCACCUCGGAGUUGCGGCUUCUCUGACGAGGCCAGAGGCGGCAGCACCCAUGUUGGCCGAACAGCCGCAGACGCCUCCCGACAAGGAUCCGCCCCGGCAAUCUGACACGCAGAUGCCGCACCUCUAUGCCCAGCCCAGCAAGUCGGUGCUGAGACCACCCGGAGCGCCUAGACCGCGGCAGCCCCGUCGUGUGCAGUAUCCUGCGGACAGGCACUUGAAGCUGGAGGUUCCGAUUGAGUCCUUCAAGACCUACGGCGAGGGUUUGUGGUUUCAGUGUCCGGGAGCAAUGGUCAACUGCGACACCUGCGACAGGGUCAUCCCGCAGGGCUUGGGCUCUCUGCAGGGCGCUCCAAGCAGAUCGCAGUUUGCACAGCACUUGUUUCUCUGCUCAGACUGCAGUCGAUGA